UCCUCGGACGAUUAUUGUCAACCGUUGGCAUUUCUCUUCCUCAUAUUCCUUUCUCCGUGUUUUUGGAUCGGGUCUGGGAGAGAGAAUCAAAGCCCCUCCGCGUUUCGUCUUCGUCGAGCCUCCCUCCUCAGGUUGUUUUUAGAGGAAUCUGUCGUUGAAGAAAGAUAAAAGGGAGGUUUUGUUUUUAGUCCUGAGACUCUUCUCCUCUCUUAAAGGUCAUAGCUUUACUUGAAAGGAGAAUAGGUGAGAGAGAGAGAGAGCAAAGUCUCUACUAAUGGAAGGAAGUAAAGCUUGAAAGAGACAGAACCUGAGUUCUUUAGAUAACACAAGUGAAGCAGCUGCCCCACCCCACCCUAUGGAGGAUUACUCAAAGUACACACACAGUCCUGCCCAUCUAGCCGUCGUGCUUCAUGACCAUGCGGCUCUUAGAAGACUUGUUAUGGACCUUCCCAGCUUAGCCAAGGCUGGCGAGGUUACCAACGAGGCUGAGUCUUUAGAAGCCGAGUCACGCGCCGAUGCUGUCACCGCCGUCAUCGACCGGCGCGAUGUCCCCGGCCGCGAAACCCCUCUCCAUCUCGCUGUACGUAUGCGAGAUCCCGUCUCCGCUGAGAUUUUAAUGUCCGCUGGUGCGGAUUGGAGCCUGCAGAACGAGAACGGCUGGAGUGCUUUGCAGGAAGCCGUUUGCACUAGAGAGGAGGCCAUUGCUAUGAUCAUCGCGAGGCACUACCAGCCUCUCGCUUGGGCUAAAUGGUGUCGUAGGCUUCCGAGGAUAACUGCCUCAGCGUCUCGUAUUCGUGACUUUUACAUGGAGAUAACGUUUCAUUUCGAGAGCUCGGUGAUUCCUUUUAUUAGCCGUAUUGCUCCCUCGGAUACGUAUAGGAUAUGGAAGCGCGGUUCGAACCUCCGUGCUGAUAUGACACUUGCUGGUUUCGAUGGGUUCCGUAUCCAACGGUCGGAUCAGACGUUUCUUUUUCUUGGGGAGGGUUACGCGUCGGAUGAUGGGAAAGUGUCGUUGCCUCCUGGCUCCUUGAUUGUUCUUUCUCACAAGGAGAAAGAAGUGACGAACGCUUUGGAGGGGGCGGGGGCUCAACCGACGGAAGCGGAGGUUGCUCAUGAAGUGGCGCACAUGUCUCAGACCAACAUGUAUAGGCCUGGCAUUGAUGUUACUCAGGCUGAUUUGGUUCCUCAGUCGAACUGGAGACGGCAAGAGAGGGCGGAGACUGUUGGGAGCUGGAAAGCUAAAGUGUAUGACAUGAUGCAUGUGAUGGUGAGCGUGAAAUCGAGAAGAGUUCCGGGAGCGAUGACUGAUGAGGAGCUCUUCGCUGUUGAUGAGGACAGAACGGCGAAUGGUGCUGACAACGAUGGGUUUGAGGAUGUCUUAACCGCUGGGGAAAGAAAGCAGCUGGAUUCCGCCUUGCGGAUGGGGAACUCCGAAGCUGCUGAGGAUGAAGAGAAUGACGUGGACGAUCAUGGUUCGGGAGGAGAAGCCAACGGUGCUCCUCUCAAGGAGAAGAAAGGGUGGUUUGGUUGGAACAAGAAAGGCGCGAAGCCUGGGCAUGAUGGUGGUGGUGAAGAAACAACAGCAAAGGUCAAGAAAGGCUCCAAGUUGGCACCAGAAGAGAAAGAGAAAGGGAAAAACCAAAGAUCGUCAACGCUAUCUGAUAAUAAUUCCAAGGAGGAUGCUGGAGAUGGCAAGAAGGGAAAAGACAAAGGUGGUGCCAAGAAGAAGAAGAAUGAAAGCGAGUACAAGAAAGGGUUAAGACCUGUACUGUGGUUAACACCUGACUUCCCUCUUAAGACAGAAGAGCUUCUUCCGCUGCUCGAUAUAUUAGCCAAUAAGGUCAAAGCCGUGAGGAGGCUCAGAGAGCUCCUUACCACAAAACUUCCCACAGGAACAUUCCCUGUCAAGAUUGCGAUCCCCAUUAUACCAACCGUCCGUGUACUCAUCACUUUUACUAAAUUUGAAGAGCUCCAACCAUCUGAGGAAUUCUCAACGCCUCCUACGAGCCCUGUUUUUCAUGACGCAAAGUCAUCAGAUAGUUCAUCUUCAGCGUCAUGGGUGUCGUGGAUGAAAGGUACUCGCGGUGGUGGCCAAUCAAGUGACGGAGACAGUAACCGGUACAGGGAUAGUGAAGUUGACCCUUUCAUGAUACCAUCAGAUUACAAAUGGGUCGACUCAGCUGAGAAGAAACGCAGAAUGAAAGCCAAGAAAGCUAGAAUCAGGAAGAACAGGAAACAGGGUGCUUCGAAACCUAGUUCCUCGAGUUCCCGUUCCAAUCAAGAACCGGAAUAAAAUAAUUGCCACCUUGAAGAACAGGGUGUCACUUAGAUGAGAGAAGGUUUGGUUGUGUUAUUGUUUGUAGUAAGCCAUGUUAUUUGUGAGAUUCUUAAGGAACACACGUUUGCUACAUAAGAAACAGCCAUUUUGCUCUGUUCAGUUAAUCAGUGAAGUUGGUUCGUGAUUGCUCU